UUCAAGGUGAGCGCACGUCUCUUCGAUUCGCAAAUCACCCUUCCAUAAAACCCGUUACAAGACGACCGAAAAAUAUGGUUUCGUUGCUGGGGUUAGUACCCGAAGAACUAGAGAAGACACAAUUGGAAGAUAUCAAUAGGAAAUUGUCUAUUGCACAUAGUGUGGUUCAAGCCUGCAAGGAGGAAGCUGAAAACCAAAGGUCAACAUCGUUCGAUAAUGUACAUGAAAGAGUCAUUUGCUACACCAAAGCUGACUUUCAUGUUAUACACAGGUCAAAGCGAAUAAUACGGCCAAAAAUAACAUAUACCGAACCAGCGAAAAUGAAUAUUUUUUUACUGUUUAAACCAGAAAUUUACGAAGACCUGCGCGCAGUGUAUGUAGAUACAUAUUUAAACAAAAACCAGAUUCCUACGAAGCACACAUUUGAAUCACUCUUUAGGAAGCAUAGGAAGAAGAUUGUUCGUAAUUUAAAUGAUCACGGAUUCACAUGGAUCAAAAUACCGGGCACUUCGAAAAGCUUGCUAGUGGAAAAUCCAUCCCAAGUACGUUUGAAAUGCGAAUAUUUCUCUAAAAUUACGCAAUAUAGGGCUGAAGGAAGAGAUAUUGUAUAUUUAGAAGAAAGAAAUUGCAGCAAAAAAUCCACUCUUUCCGAAGAGUAUACGUACAAUUGUGUGGAUGACGAUACGUCUACAUCCUUGUAUUCAAUUGCAGGCAACAAAGAUGGGCCACUCCACAUAUCUUUCUAUUCGUCAGCAAGCGUCCUACAGUCAAUGCGCCAGUUCUUUCUGGACGUGAUUUUGACGAAAGUAACGAAGCCUACAGUAUUUGUUCUGGGCGAAAAAUAUUAUCAUGAAAAGAACAAGUGUCCUCUACCGACAUUGAGUAGCACUAGAGCUGCGAUGUCGGAUUUUCUGACAAGGAAUAAUAUACCCCACGACGUGAACGCGCCUAAGGCUGAACUGUACUUUCUUAUACAAAAAUGCAAGGACACUUGUGAGACAGAAUUUUACACCCUGGACGAUUUAGCCAGGAGCUACGGUCACGUUAUCCUACGCCGACCACAUGUUUUGAAUUCAUUGUGCUUCUUCUCAGACUUCGGUAAACGUGUAAGGGACUUCAUCGUAACUAACAGAAAAAACGCGAAAAACCUGACAACGCGUAAACUUGACACGCUGACAGUUUUAAAAACAAUUCCAAUGGAAGACUGGCAGAUAACCGAGUGGAACAUAAUUGAACGGGAGAAUCAGAUGUACACAGAAGACGUGAAGAUAGAAGAAAUAGUUGACAAGUUUCUUAUGAUGGCGAAUGAUGGGCUUGUGACUCAAAGCGACCUUCUUCAGCAAAAACUAGACGAAGUAGGAACAGGCUGUUCUUCUAUAGAUAAAAUUGUAUUUUAAAUAGUGCUGUGUAUAUCUACACAGCACUAUUUAAAUUUGUGAUUGA